AUGGCGUGCGCUGCAGACAUGUCACUGUCGAGCUACGAGCAGCACAAGCUCGUGGACAAGGUGAUGAUCAAAUUGUACGAGCUCCAGGAGUUCUGGCAGUGGUGGGGCCAGUGUUCUCGCGCCUCCUGGCACGCAGCAAUUGCAGCGGCAGAGGAGACCCCGCCCAUGCGAGCACUCAAACCGGUCUUCUUCCACAAGGUGCUCCCUUCUCCGGGUACGCCGCCCCGGCGCCGGUGCCCGUCCCGGAGCUGCCAGUGUGGCAUCCAGACGCCAGGUGGCCAGCGGCAGCGCCGGUCCCUGCGGGGCCCAUGCCGCUCAGGUUCGACAUCGUGUGGCUGGGGCACUAUUAGCCGAAAUGUUUCAAGUUUAAAGUACACUCCCAAGCCUUGCGGCGCUUGGGCUUCUCUACAGAAAUUAGUUUCACGCAAGAUCAAUUUAAAGGAAAACGUUCCAUCCACACAGCGAAAAACUGUGCGCGUGUAUUCAUAA